UACAUCGAAUUUACUCAAAGCUUGGAAACCGCUCUACAUGAAUUAUAUCGACUAACACGUUUUUAUUCCCAAAUAUUGGAUAUUGUACAGUCAGAGAAAAACAUUUCAUAGAUGACUGAUAUCAAUAUCAAUUGAAUUUUCAACUAUAUUAAACAAGUGUAAUAUCGUAUGGAUUGCCCGAGUACAAGAUGGCAAUUGAAAACAAGACGGCAACGACAUUUCAAGAAGACCAAGGCAAGACUUCGACCCUCUAAACCUGUUUCAUCCACCCUCGACCGGUUCAUUCCCCAUCGCCACAUCGAUAUCUCGGAGUUUCAACUCAAUUCUAGUAUAAAGAAGAAGACGGAACAAGACAAACGGCAACAAAAACCGUCGUCAUCCUCGAUGUCGCAAUCAUACGACACCAUGGGAGAGAGUUUCACGACAUCGUCCUCCGAUGAAAGCUUGAUGUCUGUGUCGACAUCGAGCUCGCUCUCAACUUCUCUUUCCGAGGAUGCCUUAGAUGAUACGACUUGCUACGGUGAUCCCUUCAGCGAGGAAGUUGCUGCAAUUCUUUUUGAAGGAUAUGACAAGAAAAGUGGAGAUGUAUUGAAUUUCAGGUCACGAAAACACGAAGCAAGUAAGAUAUUGAUUUGA